AUGGAUGCUUUUCAGAGCAUUUUAAAAUUCUUUCUUAACCAAAAAACUGCUAUUGGCUACAGCUUCAUGGCUUUGCUCACCGUGGGAAGUGAACGUCUCUUCUCCCUAGUGGCAUUUAAGUGCCCCUGCAGCAUUGAGAACACUGCAUAUGGACUGGUUUUCCUCUUUGCCCCUGCCUGGGUGUUACUGAUCCUUGGAUUCUUUCUGAAUAACAAGGCCUGGAGGCUCUUCACUGGUUGCUGUAUGAACCCAAAAAAAAUCUUUCCUAGGAGACGCUGCUGCCGCUUCUUCUACGUCCUGGGCCACAUCACACUGAGUUCACUGGUGGCUCCGGUGAUGUGGCUCUCUGUGGCUUUGCUUAAUGGGACGUUUUAUGAAUGUGCUAUGAGUGGAACAAGAAGUACAAGACUCCUGGAGAUGAUUUGCAAGGGGAAGCCCAAAGAGUGCUGGGAAGAACUGCACAAAGUCUCUUGCGGUAAAAGUAGCAUGGCAGCCAUGGACAGUGAAGAGGUGAGGCUGUCUCUGCAGGCCCAGUCUCAGAUUCUAGGAUGGUGCCUGAUUUGUUCAGCAUCCUUCUUCUCCCUGCUGACCACUUGUUAUGCACGCUGCAGAUCUAAAGUCAGCUAUCUGCAGCUGAGUUUUUGGAAGACAUAUGCACAAAGGGAGAAGGAGCAAUUGGAAAACAAACUCCUGGAAUAUGCCAACAAGCUGAGCGAGAGGAACCUCAAAUGCUUUUUUGAAAACAAGAAGCCAGAUCCUUUUCCCAUGCCCUCGUUUGCUGCCUGGGAGGCUGCAUCCGAGCUACACUCCUUCCACCAAGACCGUGAGCACUAUAGCACCCUCCACAAGGUGGUAGAUGAUGGUCUGGAACAAACUCCCCAAGAGGAAGAGACGACAAUGAUCCUUGUGGGUACCGCCCAGAGUUUAUGAAUCAUCCACCAUCCCUGGCUCAGAUAUCCAGUGGUACACUCAUUCUGAGUUGAAUCUUCUGCUGUUUCCAUGACAACCUGAGUCUCUGCAUUUUCUUACCAUUAGAGCUUCUUUAGACGAUAAUAACACAGUUGGAAACUGUUCUGAAACCUCCAAGAGCAAUGUCUGGAUGUGCUCAGACUGAUGCUGAGUGAUGACUGA